UUUUGUUUAUGCUACUGGUCUGGGUAGCGACUUCAUUCAUCAACAAAUAUUCUUUUUGACCAGAAUCGUUUGACCUGGUAAGACAAGUUGGAGUCUUGAUCUGUGUUUCUCUACUCUGACUCUUUGUCCUUUGAACUCUAACUCUUGCUCAAAAAUCUUGAAGUGGAAUCGUGAGAGAGAGGGUUGAUCAAGGUUGAAGGAGAAGUCAUGUCUGAUAUGGUCAGACAAGCAUGGAGAAAAUAUCUUCUGCAACUCCAACUUCACCCGCUACGGACCAAGGCAAUCACUUCAGGGGUUUUAAUUGGAGGCAGUGAUGCAAUCGCUCAAAAGAUCUCUGGCGUCAAGAAGCUUCAAUUCAGACGAUUACUCCUUCUCAUGUUGUUUGGAUUUGCAUAUUCAGGACCUUUUGGGCACUUCCUUCACAAACUAAUGGAAAUUAUCUUCAAGGGGAAGAAGGGUAAAGCAACGGUUGCCAAGAAGGUGAUAUUGGAGCAACUAACUUCUUCUCCUUGGAACAACAUGUUUUUUAUGAUGUAUUAUGGCUUGGUAGUUGAAGGAAGACCAUGGGUUCUGGUAAAGAGUAAACUUCGAAAGGACUAUCCUUCCGUUCAGUUGACUGCCUGGAAGUUCUGGCCUGUUGUCGGUUGGAUAAAUUAUCAGUACAUGCCGUUGCAGUUCCGCGUUCUCUUUCACAGCUUUGUUGCUUCCUGCUGGGCAAUCUUUCUGAAUCUAAAAGCAAGAUCUGUUGCAAUCAAGAAGGCGUAGACUACGCGAAUUUGUUCCUGCCCGUCCUUUUCAUUUGCAAUCAAGAGGACAUAGACUAUGUAUGUUUGUUUAUUGCCUAGUACAUUGGUAAUAACUUGCUCAGCGCCCCUAAUGUUACUUCAGUAGGAUGAUUGUAAAGCCUUUUGAGUUGCCUGCUUUCACAGCAAAUGUCUUUCUUGGUCUUUUUUGUGCAGCUAAUAAGUAAAGUGAGUAAUAUCUGUGACUCACCGAGUAAAAUGA